CGGGGAUUACGAGCCCUUCAGGACCAUCUGCACAAAGAGGUUGAAAGUGGAUUACAUGUGAACAACAAUCCCAACAGAAAUGUUAUGAAAAACGCUUUCGAGACGCGAAACGACCUGAAAAACGCUCAGAGAAUUGUCGUCAAACUGGGAUCUGCUGUCAUCACCAGAGAAGACGAAUGCGGAUUAGCUUUGGGAAGAUUAGCGUCAAUUGUGGAACAGGUCUCGCAGUUGCAUAAUGAGGGCAAAGACGUCUUAAUGGUGACCAGCGGUGCCGUGGCGUACGGCAAACAGCGAUUGGGCGCUGAGAUGCGGAUGUCUAUGUCGAUGAGGGAAACACUUUCGCCUAAAGAGCUCUUCAAGAGGGCUAACCCCGAGGCGAGAGCCGCGGCAGCCGUCGGUCAGAGCGGACUUAUGGCGCUCUACGACGCGAUGUUUAUUCAAUAUGGUGUUCAUAUCGCACAGGUUUUGGUGACGAAACCCGAUUUCUACAAUCCUAUCAGUCGAUACAACUUAAGGUCAACGGUAUUGGAGCUCUUGAAUCUGAAUAUCAUUCCCAUUAUCAACACGAAUGACGCGGUCGUGUCACCAGCCCUUCCAGACAGCGACUUAGCCGGGGUGGGUGUGGGUUUGGGCCGACCUAUAGUCUCUACGACUAACCCGGUGAUUAGUAUUCAGGACAACGACAGCUUAGCCGCACACUUAGCCGUCGAAGUGGGCGCCGACUCUCUCAUACUGAUGUCGGAUGUGAACGGAAUCUAUACACUGCCCCCCGACCAGGAGGGGGCCAGACUUCUGCACACAUACGUGCCCUCCUCUAACGAAAGCGUCACUUUCGGCGGCAAAUCUCGUGUUGGUUUGGGAGGAAUGGAGUCUAAAGUGAUGUCCGCCACUUGGGCUCUCGACAGAGGCGUGUCUGUUGUCAUCUGCAAUGGCAUUGAGGAUCAGGCGAUCAACAGAAUAAUGAGUGGCAAAAGAAUCGGCACUUUCUUCACACAAUCCAAGGAGAAGACCGUUUCAGUUCAGGCGCUCGCCGCUAAUGGUAAGCCUAUUGGGCCUUAA